AUUUAUUUCUUGUGAUUGUCAUUAAAGUAUCACUUUCCGUUAACAUUUUGAGUUCAUUUGCAUAUUUUUGAUUUACACUUACCGAUAAGCAACGAAUCAUGUUAUUGGGUCGCUCGUCCAAAGCUUUUUAUCAAACUCUCAACUCUACAUUAGCUAAAAGGCCUAUUUCGGUAACAAAUGCCAUCAACCAAGACUACAGUUGCAAGGUGUUGGUGGUCGGUGGCGGUACUGGUGGCUGUGCGGUAGCCGCAAAAUUAUCCAGAAAAUUGAAGAAAAAUGAACUGAUGGUGUUAGAGCCUAGUCACGAUCACUACUAUCAGCCUCUGUUCACCCUGGUUGGAGCUGGAAUUGAGCAGAUAGAGGACACAAGGAGACGCGAGAAGGACGUUCUUCCAGGAAAUUGUACUUGGAUUCAGGACCAAGCUGCUGAGUUGGAUCUAAAGGGGAAUGUUGUCCGGUCAACAAAAGGGCACAAUAUCAAGUUUGAUUACUUGGUAGUUGCCACUGGAAUUAUCCCCAGAUAUGAACAAAUUCCCGGCUUGAUCGAAUCCCUAAACCAGCCUGAUACAGGGGUUUGUUCCAUAUACGCCCCUAACUACGCCCCAGGAGUUUACAGAGCCAUGCAGCGAGUGAAUUCCGGGAACGCUGUUUUUACUUUUCCAAACUCCCCGGUUAAAUGUCCUGGAGCUCCCCAGAAAAUUUGCUAUCUCACAGAUGACUACCUGAGGAAGCAAGGCAAAAGAGAGAAAGUGCAAGUAAUCUAUAACACGUCUCUGCCGGUCAUUUUUGGAGUGAAAAAGUAUGCGGAUGCCCUAUGGAAAAUCUGCAAGGAACGGAACAUCGCCGUUAAUACACGAACGAAUCUGGUGUCGAUUGAUCCUGAUGCAAAGCAAGCCACUUUUGAAAAGUUGGACACCCCAGAAGAGAAAUUUACACUGCCUUUCUCCAUGCUUCACGUGACUCCGCCCAUGUCCACUGCUCAGGCCAUCAGCCAAAACAAAGACCUAACUAAUGCAGCUGGAUUUGUGGAAGUUAAUAAAUUUACCAUGCAACACGUUAGAUUUCCUAACGUAUUUGCGCUGGGAGACUGCAGUUCUUCGCCGAACUCGAAAACCGCAGCAGCUGCAGCCGCCCAAACGGAAGUGGUGUAUGAAAACCUAGCGGCAGUGAUGCGGGGCAAAGAAAUGCCUUUGACUUACGAUGGCUACGCGUCAUGUCCCUUGAUAACCGGCUACGAUAAGUGUAUUUUGGCGGAAUUUGACUACGACUUGAAUCCGCUGGAAACAUUUCCUUUCAGUCAGGAUAAGGAACGAUUGUCGAUGUAUCUGUUGAAGAAGAACGUGAUCCCGGCUAUCUACUGGACCCUGAUGAUGAACGGUCAUUGGAAUGGACCCGCACUUUUCCGCAGGAUUAUGCAUUUCGGCAGAGAAAAAUAGUAACAGUAUUGACCUCUAAUGGUUACUUGUGUAUGUGAUUGCUUUGUAUUGAUAUCGGCUCCAAAUGUGAUACAUAAAACACGGCCCGUUCGAGUAAUGUGUACCUAAUAUGUGAUAAUCUUUGUUCUUUAAAAUAUUCUAUAUUUAAUUAUACAUAUGUCCAUUUAUUACUGGCUUUUGAAAUAUAUACUUAUUUAUUUAUA